UCCUGCACCUCCUGCCAUUCAGAUAAAUACAUGAUGAUGAUAGGCUGAUGCCUUCCUCCUUUGCUCUGUAUAUAUCCAGCUGUCGCUUCAGACUCACUUGUGGCCUCGAGAGACAAGAAAGCAGAGAAACAAAAGGUAGAUAUUUUUAGCAGAGGGCGUUGACAAGAAGAGAAUUAACAGUAAGAAGAUACCAUCGCCUCUCAGCAUGUCUUUGUCCAAGCCGGAGGAGCUGCUUGUGCACGAGCUGAGCUGUCCCAUCUGCCUUCAGCUCUACUCCAACCCUGUGGUUCUCCCCUGUGGGCACAACUACUGCCGAGCUUGCAUCUGCAAGUCCGUGGACAAGUGUGGCGAAACGCUCCCACGUUGCCCGGAGUGUCGAGAGGAAUUUGAGGGCGUGCGCUCCCUCCAGAAGAACUUCAAACUCUGCGGCAUCAUUGAGGGUUACCAGGCCACCAUACAGCAUCUGGACAGGCAGCACGACACUUUGCCCCAGACCAUGGAAGUUCUCUGCGACCACUGCAUCGACCAGCCAGCGUUGGCUGUGAAGACCUGCCUGAAGUGUGAGGUGUCCCUGUGCUCCAGGCACCUUCAGAGACACCAUGAGAAGGAGUCAUUCAAAAUGCACACCGUGGUGGAGCCUCUGAAUGAGCUGGGGGUGAAGGGCUGCGCUGUCCACCAUCAGCAACUCGAGUACUUCUGUUCCAAUGACAUGACAUCGCUUUGCAGCACAUGCUUCAUACAGGGCAAUCACAAGAACCAUGAUGUGCUCACCUUCAGCGUGGCCGAAGAAGAGAUGAGGCGGUCACUGGCGAGCUGCAAUAAGCUUGUGUCCUGCAGGCUGCAGAUGACCGAAACUCUCCUUCAGAAAACGGCAGAGGAGCAGGGAGCCUCCGAAGCCAUAGGUGACAAACUGAUCAACAAGGCUGUCUCACUCCUGGACAGUAUGGCUGCACUUGUGGACAGGUACAGGGAGCGUCUGCGUGUGCUUUUGGAGGAGGAGAGAGGCCAGCGCAGGAAUAGCUGGCAGCUCGGAGUGAGUGCACUGGAAGAGCAACAGCAGCAGUUACUGGAUGCCCAGCGAAGUGCAACACAGGCCCUGAGUGAGACUGACCCAUACGUCUUCAUACACAGGUUCCUGACAAUUGAAAAUCAGAUGAGAAAGGUUGUGGACGUCCCCGUUCCCUCCACAAUCCCAUCAAAGGCACCGCUCAACACCAGGAGUCUCCAGGGAGGCCUCAAAACCCAGGACUUCCGCUCAGAAAUGAACCGCUUCCUGGAUUCACUUCACAUCAUCCUCAACCCGCUGGACCUCUCCUUCAACAUCUUCACCGCCCAUCCCAGCCUGAUCGUGUCCAAUGAUCUGCGUACGGUCAAGUACAGCUCCAGCAAGCAGCCUUACCCAGAGCACCCGGAGCGUUUCACAAGUGCACCACAGGUUCUGUGCAGCCAAGGUUUCUCAAGUGGUGAGCAUGUAUGGGUGGUGGAGGUGGGGGCCAACAGCAUGUGGUCACUGGGCGUGUGUUACAAGAGCAUCCCGCGCCGUGGGGACCACAGUCGUCUGGGACACAACUCUGUGUCCUGGCGACUGCAGUGGAAAAACGGCAAGCUGACAGUGUGCCAGUCCUCCGCUAAUGUGGCUCUGGGAGAAACGACUAUCUAUCCGCUGAGGAUUGAGGUAGCGUUGGACUACGAGGGGGGCACGUUAUCGUUCCAUAGCACCAAAGGGCGCAGGGAUCACCUGCAUACCUUCAGGGCUGUGUUUAGGGAGCCAGUUUACCCAGUGUUUGGUAUUCAAUCCAACACACCAGAUUCCUGGAUCACUCUGAACAAUGGGAUGUGAAAUGUCAAUUUCUAAAUACUUUCCUUGCAUAUUUGUCUGUUCAACCAAGUAAACUGGCCUAAAUCCUGAGGUGGAGGAAGUAAAAGUAAAAUUACCCUACUCCUUUUCUACUUGAGUUAAAGUAAGUGCUGUUAAAUGUAGUUAAAGUAUUACAAGUAAAAGGACUUGCUGAGUGAAGCCUGUUCUCUAAUGCAAAACUCUACUUCAUCAUUAUGGUUGAGUCUCAGCCUUUUCCAGAUCUAUGUUAGAUGUUGGUUAACCAGUGAUGCUACUGCUGCAGUGGGAGGGUUCUUAUGUUACGUGCGCGCUCUGAUUGGAUCAGUGAUUUGUUCCCCUCUUAUUAUUGAUUAAUUUAAAAAUUGUAAAAAACAAACAUCAAUUUGUAGCACAAUGUAUUGUAAAGAUGUUACAAGAAGAACAUUUGCUGAUGGGUAAAAGUGAAAAGUACCUGAAAAUAAAUCUACUUAAUAUGCUAUACACCAUUUUAUGAUGCCAUGCUAUUAAAAUGUUUAUUUACUAUUUAGCAUGACUGCAUUACAAAAAUUACUAAUCAUAUGAGAUCAUUUGUUUACAAUAAUUGUUUUGUUUCUCAUGAUCAGGAUAAUUUAGAUGCGGUUUAGAUCUGGUUCCAAGUCCUCUCCCACAUUACAGUAAACACCUCUGUCUAAAUUACUCAGAGUGAGAUCAUUACAGACCUAUUUCUAUUUUACCUUUCCUCAGUACACUUCAAUGGAAAAUUCUUCAUAACCAACAUCUUGUUUGUUGAACCAAUAACAGCAUUUUGGAAAAGCAAACCGCAGCACUGACGCAGCACUGACAUUUGUAAAAUGACCUGAGAAUCGGAGUGGAUGUGUUAAAUGUCUCCCUCAGAUUUCAGUGCAGCUUUUGAUACGAUCGAAGAUUUUAAUUGACCGACUUGAGAAAUGGGUUUACUUGGAUGCUCGUGAUCUGUGUAAUUUCCGUUUUUUCAUGAUUCAUGCUUCCACUGGGGAACAUCGCUAUAUCAUUUACUGACAAUACACAGCUUUUUUCUUCAGGGAACUGGAUGCUCUUAUUGCCUACCUCAAGGACAGGAAUCUAUGAAUAGGUAAAAGCUUUCUUAAUCUAAAUGAGGAUAUAAAAAAACAGAGGUAGGCAACUUUUAACCGGCCCUAAAACGGCAAGAUUAUACUCGCUCUAUGUUUGAUAGUCUCAGCACAUUGAUUAAAACACAUUUUCAAUUUAACAAGGUUAUUAGAAUAUAAUUUUUUUAAAGUCCGAUUUUUUUCCGACUCGGAUUCUACAAUGCUCAUUUACACUUAACAAUUUAAAUUUAAAUCGUUGUAAUUCCCUUUUUUACCGUAUUACUAAAAAGUCAAAAAGAAAGCAUAAACUAUUUCAGAAUGUUAUCUGUAUAUUUUAGAAUUGAUUAUUUCUAAUUGAUUUAAGUUGUUUAUAAAUAAUCUUACUCUUACCUACAUCUUUCCUUUUAUAAUGACCCAUGCCCUAACUGAAAAAAAGCCUAAAUGGCUGACAGAUGCAUUGGGGGGAGGUUUGUUUCCUCAUUUUAAUAUAUGUUCAUGUUAAAAUCAAUUAAAAGUCUUUGCAAUGAAAUGUCAAAUGUUGUUUUAAUUUUUAGAUCAUUAUACGAUUGCAUUCUGAUCUUUUGCAUACACCAUUAAAAAGUCAAAAAAGUCAACUAUUCAUGUUUCAUCCUAUUUUCUUAUUUGUGUUAACAUUUGAUUAAUGUCCACUGCACGACUUUGAAAAUCAAAUGUCACGAUUUUUAUAUGGUCAAGGUUAAAAUAAAAAUGCAAACUGC